GUUUUUCUAUGAUGUUUGGAAAGGCGGAAGUAUUGCUGUUGCAGGUUACAUCCUUGUUUGUAUGCUCCUGUUCAGUGAGGGAUCAGCAUGUCAGCUGAGGUGUGCAGGGAGAAGUUAAUGCUACUUUGUCGCCGUUAUCAGGAUUAUGUGACACGGAACCCUUCUGCGGCAGCUCAUUUAGAAAGCAGUGUCCGCACCUUAUCAUACCUGAUUGCAGGUCGAUUUUCAGAUUCCCAUGCUCUUUCUGAACUCGUGUACUCUGCCUCCAAUCUACUGGUGUUGCUGCAUGAUGGAAUACUUCAGAAGAGAAUGCGAAGAGCACUGCCUGUGUCUCUGUCUCAACAACGGGCAAUGACCUGGCUUACUGUAUUGGAGUAUAUAGAAGUCUUCACUGAGAUGGGAGCCACCAAGUUGUGGGGUGAAGCUGGUAGAUGGGUAGUCAUCUUUCUGAUUCAGCUCACAAAGUACGUUCUUAAAUUCUUCCUCCUUUUUUGGUACAAGUCUGGAAUCCAGACGUCUCCUCCCAUAAUACCACUGGAAAGAGAAACCCACCUUGGAGCAGAAGAUACAGUAGAUGAGACCGAAGGGAAGGAGUCAUCAUACAUUGGGAAGCGCAGCAACAGGGUCAUCAGGUCACUAAACAACACAUCCUCGUCACAUGUGAGGUGGUGGGGCCUGCCACAGCAAUAUAACAACGCAAACCGUAACCACACAGAGCUACCUGAUCAACAGGUGUCAACACCACUCGGGACACAGGAAACAGUUGCUGAAUCUCUUUACAUCGCACGUCCGUUUCUGCACUUACUUAGCCUAGCUGCUUGUGGGCAGAAGUCCUGGAAGCCAUGGAUUUUCUCAGCUGUUCUUGAUGUCACCAGCUUGAGUCUGAUGAGUGACACAAAGACCCUUAACAGGACAGAGCGAGCAGAGCUGAAGCGAAGGGCAUUUCUCCUGCUUUAUUACCUGCUGAGGUCCCCUUUCUAUGACAGAUAUUCUGAGACAAGGAUUAUUUUCCUGCUGAGGUUGUUAGCAGACUAUAUCCCUGGAGUUGGCCUAGUUGCCCGUCCACUUAUAGAUUAUCUACCAGUCUGGCAAAAAGUCUACUUCUACAACUGGGGCUGAAGAUUGUUUAUCAGAGGAUGAACUUCCUGAACCUUAAGUGAUGUGUCAGAAAUAUGAGAAAUUGAAGCGGGAAGAGUAUUAGUACCUGCCUAAAAUGGCUAUACAGAAGCUUAUGUUCUUCCUUUAUCUAAAAUUACAGUGAGACAUUGAAACAGCAGUAAAAUUAUGCUUUUUCAAGAUACUGGGUUAGAACUGUAAUUCUAAAACCUUUGUUCUGCUCACUACUGCGAGGAGAGAAUAUUUUAUUUUUAGUCCAUGUCAAGGAGUAUUUAUGAUUCAAGAAGGUUAUCUUGAGAAUCGUUAUGGUCUUUUCCAAGCAGAAUAUGAAAUCUGACUUGAACAUCACAGUGCCACACCUACUGCCUUUGUCUGAUAUCCCUGGUUCCAAGUGAACUAGUUCCACCAGAAGACCAUCAUAUGUCAAGACACCUGCAGUAUGUAAAAGCUGUCCAGAAUUAUAUUCAGACUGAAAAUAGAGUUUGAAGAUAUUCUUGUCUGAUCAGACCAUGGUAAAGGUCUGUUUUAAGAUGUAAACAGUUAUAUCAUUGGUUGAAGAAGCACUUUUGGUGGUUUCAGUCAUUAGACAAUGGCAAGGGUUUGCCUUUUUUUCUCUGUACUGAGAUUGCAGUUAAAAUAUGAGCAUUACUUCCUUGGUUUCUUCUUUUUACUUAUGAAUCUAAGAGACAGUUGAUAUGUACAGUUCAUGCCUUUGGCCUUUCCAGAUUACUCCUGUCCAUCUUCUUAACCCAAGCAAAAGAAAGGCUUGUUCAUUUCAAAAAGUGUUUUGUAUCCCUUACUCUGUGUGUUCCUUUAUGAAAACACUUUUCUAAUGAGCAGAAAUUUUGAUCUGCAGUUUAUUUAGGGCACACUUAUUUCUUUGACAAUGCUGUUGCAGAUUUUUUUUAUUUUACCUGUGUAGAGCAAUUUCAAGUCAUUGGCAAACCUACUCACAUUGCACACUGUUCGUGCUUAUUUGCAAGAAAAUACAUUUGAAAUUCAAGU